UGCAGUUCUUCUGUUUGGAAGGCAGAGUGUGAUGAAGAGCUGGAAAUUGAGUGCUUAAUCCUCCUCUCUCUCAUUCCCAGGUUUGGCUCAGUGUGCAGAGAUCUGCUGGUUGCUCAGAGGUCAGGCUGAAGACAGGUUCCGGGGGCUAAGAUUGCACUGCAGCACAAUAUUGGCCUUGGGGGAUCAGAAGUAGUCUCUAUAUACAAGAUGGGCUUUUCAGAUUCUGCAGUCAAAUCUUCUGGGAUUCACAUGGUUCCAACCAGUGCUGCAGAUGGAUUCAAAGCGCAUUAUGUGUUCAAAGAGAUUGAGAAGAAGCUUGCAGAGGAAGGGGAACAAUUUGUAAAAAAGAUUGGAGGUGUCUUUGCCUUCAAAGUAAAAGAUGGCCCUGGUGGAAAGGAGGCAACCUGGGUGGUUGAUGUUAAAAAUGGAAAAGGCAGCGUUGAUGUCAAUUCUGAUAAGAAGGCAGAUUGUACCAUCACCAUGGCAGAUGCAGACUUGCUGGCACUGAUGACCGGGAAAAUGAACCCUCAGACAGCCUUCUUUCAGGGCAAGCUGAAGAUAGCUGGAAACAUGGGGAUGGCCAUGAAAUUGCAGAGCUUGCAGUUGCAACCAGUGAAAGCCAAGCUGUAAAUCAUCCUGAUGAAGCAAGCAGUAUAGAGCUAAGAUGUCAUUCCCUCCAAUUUCAUUCUGGCAAUGACUUCUUGUGGAUCAAUGGCAUCUGGUAUUUUUACCAGCACUGAAGGAAAUGUUUUCUACAACCCUUUCAUUAUAGGACAGGCUGUUUUUAUUUCUACUUAAAGCCUGUACAUAUGAAGUGUGCCCUGAAAAUCUUUUUUAAAGGUACAGGUUGUACAUGAGCAUGUAUAGCCCUUUGGGCAUAUCUGCGUGCCAGCUUUGGCUGUGUAUGUUAGAGCAUUGUUCUGUCUACCAAUGAAAAGGUUUAAUAAGUCUUAAGGAAAGGCCUUUCUAUCCUCAAAGUGUUUCCUUUCUUUUUUCUAAUCUACUCACCAAUUGUCAUACGAAUAGAUGGCGUUACAGUGAUUGAACUAAUUUUGCUGCGUGUGAGACCUGCAGAGCCAUAACCACUUGUGGCACUUCUGAAUACUUGCCCUGGGCCUGAUAUGACUUUUAUUCAACCUAUAGAGCUAUUUUGGCACUGAUAACAUACAGGUUUUCAUGGUGUAUUAACAUUUAAUAAAACAACUAAUUUCA